ACACAUCAAUAGUUAUUUCACGAUGAACAAUAACAAUUUCUUAGUACCUGACAAAGAUUCUAGUUUACAUCACGACCUGCAAUUUAUGGCUAACUUGACUCAAUUCUACCUUACUACUACCAUUCCCAUUUCAUCAUAUGCCCAUGCUGAUGAGAAACCAAAUCUACUACAGUCCGCUAAUUAUACCUCUUCACUCGACAUAACUAUUAACGCUCUUCAUUCAAAUCCUGACAUCUUCAGAUUUGAUAUUCCUGGCUUUAGGAUUGUUGUUAUACCUGAAUCUCUAAUCGACAUGCAGGAAAAAUAG